AUGUUGUCCGCAUCAUCUUCCAGCUCUGAACUGGAGACUGCCGACGACGCUUCCGUCGAACACGCCGCACUCGCCUACGAGCGCGUGAGGCGUGAACAUGCGCUGCAGCGCUACUUAAAGGCCCGAGAAGCGUACGAGGUCGCGUGCAUCGCACGCGAGCGGCGCCAGCUUGUCGUGCAGUCACACAACCACACGCUGCGACUGCUGGGGCAGGUCGUUUGUGAUGUGAAGGCGGUCGUCGAUGGAACUCUGAAAGAAGGGUUGUCGGUGCGAGAGUCCACAGCCACAGCUGCAGAGAUGCUGCUCGCAUCUUCUUGCUACAAGAGGGCCGAGCGCGGUCUUGUGACUUUGUUGGCGCAUGAGGGACGGCAGCACGAAGUGUUACGGGCCGCUACCUCGCCGGCAACCGAAACGUCUCGUAUACCGCAAGUUUUUUCGUCCGGCUCGCGGGCUGAGAAGCCAGUCGCAUCGUCGCCAGCAAAGCACAUGCUGCGUCCGCUGCUUCUCCUGUGUGAGUGGCGGCUUGACUACGCGACUCUGCUGUGCCGCCAACGCUUGCCCCUGUUUUCGGAGUUGGCGCGUGCCCAGCGAGUGGUUUCCAACUCCCGUGAGAGCGCCAGAGAGGCACGUGGGCGCAUGAGCGCGCCGACGACACCUGUCGUGCAACGGUGUCAGGUGCAGGUUGCGGAAGCCAGGGCCUCGCUUGCUAAGGCGAGAGCAUUUCAACGGUCUCUCAAGGAUCGUCUUCAUCAACUACAUCAAAUGUUGAGCCGAAGCGCACCUGUUCACGCCGAGAGUGGUGUCUUCGUGGAUGCUGGUGUUGCAGAGGAGAUUCAAGCACGACUUCGGCAGGAGCUCGCCGUCGGCCACGUUACACUGCUGCGUAUUCUGUGCGAGAGUUUGAGUGGCGCGUUUGACGAGAGAGGGCGACUGACGGCUCUCUGA